AUGAAAUUAUCCGGGUAUCUAGUGGUCCUAGCCGCCGCAGGACAUGUUCUAGCAACACUGGUAGAAGAACUUGUUAACCAAGCCAACAGAGCCUUUGAUAGUGAAGGUAUAUCAUUUAACACUCUUAAUGUCUAUGACUCCAUUACCCGGCAAUUGGAGGGGAUGGGAGAAGUAGAUCAAUUGGUAUCGAUAUUAUUCAAGAAAUCUCUUAUAGAGGUUAACCUCGGCAAGCAUUUGCAAGCCAUUGAAGACUUGGAAAGGUGUUUACAAUUGGACCCUCAUAUGGCCUCAGCCAAGAGCUCAUUGGCCAAACUUUAUAUUGACCAAGGACGGUUUGACGAUGCUUUGGGCGUCAAUGACCCUUCAACUACAACCACUGUAUCUCAGGUAUUACGGGCUACUGACGAGAGUCGUUCCCUAUUGGCUGACCACAAAUAUGGUGAGUGUUUAGCAGUGUUGAACGAUCAAGUCCUUCCAUUCACGACUUCCAAUAGUGAAAUUUGGGAACUACAUUAUCAUUGUUCAUUGGGGAACUUUGACUCUGAAAGUUAUGUUAGUGACAUCAUUCAAGAUGUUAAGGAGAUCAUCAAGUCUUCUGGGUCCAUCCCCUCCUUGAAAUGGUAUCCAGUGUUGUCCAAUUAUUUAUUAUAUGGUAAUGUUCAAUACAAUGUGGCUAUGAAAUAUAUUAAGUCGUGUAUGAGAAUUGACUUUGAAUAUGCUGCCUGUGGGAAGCUUUCCAAGUUGUAUUCCCGUUUAAGUUUGUUGUUGCAACUGUUGGAAGAGUAUGGGAUAUUCCAAGAAUAUGUCUAUGACUUUACUGGUGAUCUUCCACUGGAUGUCAUUCAAGAUUACGAAUGGAGCAAACUUUACACUUUACUUUUUGAACCCAAACACAAGGUCCGUUUGGCUAGAGGGGUUAGCAACAACUUUGAGUUCUUAAUUGGGGAAUAUGAAUCUUUUAUAAACUCCCUGAAAACCGAUCCAACAAAAUAUAACUUUAGGAAAUACCUUGUACGUUUAGGUUGUGAGGCUGGAAUACGACUGGGUAAAAUAAAAAGUAGUAAUAAUAUUUGUAAGGAGAUUCCUGAUGACGAUAAGUUUUUCCCUAAAUAUGCUUUGGAGAUUGACAAGUUGAUUAAACAGGGCAAAUAUCAAGAAGCCAAAUCUAGAAUGGGACAUUUCCCUAAUAACGUUAAGCAUACCAAUAUUUUCCAGGAAAGAUGGACACAAGUUGAACAAUUCUUCCAACAGCAAGAACAAAGGAAGUUCCAAGAGCAGCAAAGACAGCAACAACAGCAACAGCAACAGCAACAAGAAAGACAGCAGCAACAGCAACAACAUCAAAGAGCAAAGCAAGAUGGAAAGGACUAUUAUAAGAUACUUGGGGUUCCAAAAGAUGCAGACGAUGCAGCAAUUAAGAAAGCAUACAGAGCGCUUACAUUUAAAUAUCAUCCUGAUAGAUAUAAAGGAGGUGAUUUAACUCCGGAACAAAUUGAAGAGAAGAUGCAAGAUAUUAAUAUUGCCUAUGAAGUGCUUAGUGACAAGCAAGAGAGGGCAGCUUACGAUAAUGAGGCGUCAGCUGGAGGUGGAGGUGGAGGUGGGCAUUUUGGAGGAGGUGGACAUAGUGGAGGUGGAUUUAACGGGUUUGGACAAGAUUUUAUGAGACAGUUUAUGCAAAAUAAUGGUGGAGGAGGACCCCAAUUUAAUUUUGGAGGUUUUGGUGGGUUCGGUGGGUUUGGCGGUCAACAGCAACAGCAACAGCAGAGAAGAGGAGGUAAGAAACAAGCAGGAAAUAAGAAAAGACACUGA